UUCUCUAUAAAUUCACCACGUUCAAUCACCAAACACAUUCAGCCUUCACUCACCAAAAUAACUUUUUGUGAGAUAGUUCUAAAGCUGAAACAAACACCAUUGAUAAAAUGGAUCCCUGUGACUGCGCCAAGACCGGAAGCUGCAACUGUGGUGCAAGCUGCAAAUGCACAAACUGCCAGUGUACAACAUGCCAGAAAAGCUGCUGCCCAUGCUGUCCGUCUGGCUGCAGCAAGUGUGCUUCUGGAUGUGUGUGCAAAGGCAAUGCCUGUGGCUCCAGUUGCUGCCAGUGAAGACAGGACUGUCCCUGCCAAUCAGGAUGUACAGUUUUUGAAUUGCCAUUGUACCAUGUAAUUUCUAAUGGAGUGUCUGUCUUUUAAAGGAAAUGUCAAUAAAUAACUCCACUGUACCUGC